AUACGUGUAGUAGAGUGUUGUAAUAGUCAUUUUUGUUAGUGUUUUUACCUUUAGACGAAGUGACAGUGAUGGGAAAGAAAUAUAAUAAGAAGUAUUUGCCUCUCACUCGCCGCAGAGUUUCAUUCAAGAAAGGAUGGAUGAAAAGGCGAAAGUUAUUAGUGAAUCAAAAGAGAGAGCAAGACAUAAAAGACUUGUUGUCGGAGAUGUGCCAAAUUGUUAGCAAUGAAUCCAUCGAUUUUGAGAAAUCCGUAUUUCCCAAUACGAUGAAUUCAAAAGCUUUUGAAAUAAAACAGAACUAUAAUACAGAUUCAAAUAUCUCAACAAUGCAAUGUCACGAGUCAAAUACAAAUAUGUAUGUCGAACAAGAUAUUCGAUUUUUUAAAGAUAAUGACGAAUCAAUUGACGAAUCAAAUGACUUGAGAAGCGUUGAGGCUAUUGACAAUAAAUCCAUCGAUUUUGAAAAAUCAAUACAACUAUUUACCGAUAUGAUGGAUUCGAAAAUGCUGUAUCAGGAAUCAAAUACAGAUCUAGAGGUCACGGGUAUCUCUCGCAGUGGCCGUGUAAGGAAGAAGUCCUCCAAGCUCGUUGACUUUGAGUCCCCCGAUGACCUUACGGAGAAUAAACUCAAGCGACAGAAGGCGCAACAGAUACAAACCCAACAACUUUUGGAUCAGUAUGAAGUACAACAGCAGCAACAGCAAAUAUUACCCACCCAAUCUAACCAAAUUGGGCGACAGAGAAAAAAUUCAGGUUCCAAUCAUGUCCAGCAAAGGAUCAAGGUGGAAUCCCUGUCCGAUAAUGAGAUGCAAUCGUCAGGUUCAGAAUCCGACGAUCCCUCUGGGAUAAACGAGGAUGAGAGAUACAGCAUGGACUCUGGAAGCGACAAUGAAGUAGACCCUCUUAUGAUCGACGAUAGAGAAACGGGAUUUAGGAAGCUAGAACCACCAUCAGGUCAGGAAACACCAUCGCAAGCAAAUAGUUUAUAUAUGCUUGAAAAAUGUAAAAAAAAGAUUAUUAUUAAGGAUGGGAAAAUUAUAGGCAAAACAAAGGCACAGCGUAAAGACAAAGGGAAGACGAGAUUUACCGCUUACAUGCUAUGGGCAAAGAAAAUUAGACAAGAACUAUUAGAACAAUCUCCUUAUAUGGAUUUUGCGGCAAUUUCUAAGCGAUUAGGAGAGCUGUGGGCUACAGUACCACAUCUGGAAAAAUAUAAUUGGCGUAGACGCGCAAAACGCCUAGCAGCAAAACCUCAUUCUUUACCAGCAAGUAAAGAUGAGCCUAUCUGGAAAAUGCCACCACCCGCCUCGCGAAAAAAAUUCAUUAAUAAAAUUGGUAAUGGGAAAGAAACGAAGACUGCUUCUGCAAAAAAGACUAUCCAACUUGGCAUGCCGUCUGUUGUCGGGAAUAUCCCAAUCUCCCCGCCGUCGAAUCGCACCGGUAAAGAUCUAGUCAAUGAACCGGUGAUAGGCACGGGAAUGUACAAGGUGAUUGGAACGCAGCCGAUUGAUGUUGCGGCUCAUCUCAAACUACUUGGCGAGAGCUUGACGAUCAUUGGGGAGCGUUUAAAGGAGCACGAUGGUCAAAUAGCAGUCUCUGGCAGUCUUUCGGUUCUGUUGGAUUCGUUGCUCUGUGCCUUAGGUCCAUUAAUUUGUUUAACGCAACAAUUGCCGGAAACUAACGGAGCUAAACCAGAGACGCUUUCCCAAAUGCUCGAUAACAUUGCUUAUCUUAUGCCUGGUCUAUAAUAUAUGUACAAAAUGUUUAAAGCAUAACAGUUAUCGGUAAUUGUGUAAAUAUGUGUAUGAAGUUAGAUAAAAAUGAGUAGAAUGAAAUUAUGAGCGUGAAAACAAAAAGAAAAAUGUAUAUCGUUUAUUUGCAAGAAAAAUUUAAAUCUUUGACACAGAUUGUCAUUCUAUUUUCUUAUCUAUAAAAAAAUAGCACAU